AUGGACUCCAAAGUCACGGCCGCAACCGUUCAGGCGACGGUGCUAAAUGCCCUGUCCGGGGUAUUUGCCCAAGGCAUUCUGGCAUAUCGCAGGGGGACUUUCGAUGGUGUUGAUCUCUCUUCCAUCUUGCGCUUCAUAGUAUACACGGUGCUCACAACACCUCCUAACUAUAGGUGGCAGGAGUUCCUAGAGCAGACGUUUCCAACCACGACAGAGGAAAAAGAAGACAAGUCUGUCAAAGACAAGCAAGUCCAAGAUACUGCGACGGGGAGUGGCGGUAAACUGAACAUUGCCAACACGGCAGCCAAGUUCAUCCUGGAUCAAGCUCUUGGAGCACCGGUCAACACGCUCAUGUUCAUCUGCCUCAUGGGCCAGAUGAACCUUCAGAGCUUUAACAGCAUCCUGAGUAGUGUCAUCAGCGACUUCUGGCCCAUGUUGUUCGCAGGUUAUCGAGUGUGGCCGAUCGUCUGUUUAUUGAACUUGGUCGUCGUGCCUUUUGACUACCGGCAGCUUGUUGGUAGCAUUGCUGGUCUUGGAUGGGGAGUGUUCCUCAGUCUCAACCAGAUAAAGUAG